AUGGAGGAGUGCAAAUUAGCCAACUCAAGGCCUGUUCUCUAUCGCUGGCGAGCGCCUGGAGAGCGAAAGGGUGCUCCCUGGGUCUAUCUUUUCGUCGGGGCCCUGUGCAUCUUAUGGUGGAGACUGCCAGCUCCGAGGGGCAAGUCGCUUCCAGUGCCAACCGCGAUAACAACACCCGCCGCUUCACCUUUUAGUUGGGACGACAUCACCCCAUCCAAAUCAUUGGAGUAUCAUGAUUGUGGGGACGGGUUCCAAUGUACCCGGCUAGAGGUGCCGAUGGACUACAAUCGGGCCGAUACCACUCGAGGGCGAAAAUUCGCAUUAGCAGUAGUUCGGAUCCCCGCCAAAGUGCCCGUUGAUGACCCCCGUGGCCCCGGUGGUCCUGGAACACUGCAAGCAUUCUUAUCAGGUCGCAACCUGCAGACAAUCGUUGACUCGGAGAAUGACCCCAGCACUGUCCCACUCAAUGCGAGCGACAAGUACUUCGAUAUCAUCGGCUUUGAUCCUAGGGGUGUUGGAUCCACCACGCCAGCAAUAACGUGUUUCCCCGACCCGAUCUCCCAACGGAACUGGGAAUUGCAAGUCGAAGCAGAAGGAAUGCUGGGAAGUGGCCCAGAUUCCUUGCAGAAAAACUGGCAACGGACGCAGGCGCUGAACUCCGGAUGCUCUGUGUACGAGAUGGCUGCUGAUGGCGUGCAGGGUGAUGAAGCCAUCAUGGAGUAUGUGAGUACUACGCUCGUCGCUCGAGAUAUGAUUACUCUUGUCGAGCGCCAUGGGGAAUGGCGUGAGAAACAAGGCCAGCUGGCACAGGAAGCGUAUGACCUGCAAUAUGGUACAGAUGAGUCGCGUGCCAUUUUGAGAAGCACCCAAUGGCAUGUGGGCAGGGAACCCCUCCUGUACUGGGGUCGGUCAUACGGGACGCUUCUAGGAACGACUUUUGCGGCGCUUUUUCCCGACCGAGUAUCUCGGGUAGUCCUAGAUGGCGUGGUCAAUAUGGACAGGUACUACGAAGGACGGGGCCCCAACGUAGUCAUGGAUGCUGAUGCCAUUUUCAAUCGCUUCGGCGAGUACUGCCACAAGGCGGGUCCAGAGGGGUGUCCCUUCUACGCAGAAGGGGGAUCCGACACUAUCAACAAUGCCUACUGGACUAUCGAAAACCAGCUUCGAAACACUUCACUCCCAGUGAUGGCAUCUACCACUCGCGGGCCGGAAAUUGUAACAUGGACCGACUUGAAGAACAUCCUCCGCGUUGCGGUAUACCAACCUCUACUCGCAUUCCAUGUAUUGGCGGAUCAUGUGAACGAGCUUGCAAAGGGUAACGCAGUGACCAUGGCGGAUUUCAAGCAUCGCAGGCAUUUCGGAGCUUGUCCGUCUACUGAGUGUCGCUUAGCAGGGCCGUGGUCUUCUCAGUGCGCUAGUGGCCAGGACAACACUCUGUACGCAAGUGCGGCUAUCCUUUGUACAGAUGCGGAGUAUAUGACAGACUAUACUCUGGCCGAAUUUCGGGAGAUAUGGGCCGGGUUGGUUGGUGAUAGUCGGGCCGUGGGAGACUAUUGGGCGCAGGUCCAAUUGUCUUGUGUGGGAUGGAAAGCAAAAGCUAAGUACAAGUUCACAGGUCCAUGGGGUGCAGUAACGGCGCACCCAAUGCUGUUUGUCUCGAAUACCCUUGACCCAGUCACUCCGUUGCACAGGUACUUGAACUUUACCAGCAAUGACAAUUCCGAGUAUGUACUGAAACCAGCCAGCGCGAAACACAUGUCCAAGCAAUUUCCCGGAUCUGUAUUACUGGAACAAGAUUCUGAAGGGCACACGACCAUCGCUGCACCUUCACUAUGCGUCGCAAAGUCUAUCCGAAAUUACUUCCAGACUGGGGUACUCCCUGCCACUGGCACUCUCUGCGAGGCGGACUUAAAACCGCUGGUCGGUUCUCGCGGAGAAGUCAAGGGGCAAGAUCUAAACUGUGCUGAUCGAAAGCUCAUGGAGGCACUGAUGGCUGAGGUCGAACUGGGAUUUCUCUCGCCUGUCCAGCUGUGA